UGAUUCUUGACACAACCGUGUUCCUGGAGUAUCUCCCUGGCAACAAGCAGUGGGUGCUGACACUCCUGGCUUGCUGGUGGGGACUGGGACAGGCCAUUACUGGUUUCAUCGCCUGGGGUUUCAUGGCACCUGAGAAGUGGAAUUGCGCAUCUGUCGAUGUGUGCACCCGCGACAACAACAUGGGCUGGAGAUAUACAAUGUUUACAUCUGGCGCCCUCGUCUUUGUCAUGUCCAUCCUCCGUAUCACGGUUGUUCGGCUCAGAGAAACACCCAAGUACCUCCUCGGAAUGGGCGAGGAUGCCAAGCUGAUCCAGACCUUGAGCUACAUGUCGCAAAAGUACAACCGGCCGUGUUCACUCACACUCGAGAAGCUUGAGGCAUGUGGCGUAGUCCAGGGCACACACAGCAGGAAUCGCUUCUCUGUCAACGAGGCGCUCAUCCACAUCCGGGGUCUGUUCGCGACGAGGGAGAUUUCUAUCUCGACGCUGAUGAUCUGGUUGUCAUGGACUCUCAUCGGGCUGGCAUACCCUCUAUUUUAUGUGUUUCUCGACACAUACCUCGAGACGCGCGGCGCAUCUUUUGACGUCUCUACCUACGACUCCUGGCGCAACUACGCCCUCGUCAACAUCAGCGGCAUCCCAGGCCCCAUCCUCGCUGGAUGGAUGUGCAACCUGCCCAUCCUCGGCCGCCGCUACACGAUGGUCAUCGGCGCCCUUGCCACAGCAGCCUUCUUCUUCGCAUACACGGCGGUGCGCACCGAGCCUGAGAACGUGGGCUUCUCGUGUGCCAUCGGGUUUUGCCUCAACAUCUACUACGGCACGCUCUACGCCUACACUCCAGAAGUCCUGCCCAGCGCGCACAGGGCGACGGGCAACGGGGUUGCGGUUGCGUGUAAUCGGAUCAUGGGCAUCUUAUCGGCGGUGAUCGCUACGGUGAGCGAUACCAGCACGCCGGUGCCGAUCUACAUCUGUGCGGCGCUAUUUGUGGCCAUGGCCGGGGUCAGUGCUGUGUUCCCAUUUGAGCCGUACGGUAGGAGAAGCUCGUGAGUGAUCGGCAGGAGGAUAAGAAGAGCGAAGGAGGACAAGAACGAGGAGGACGAGCGGGAGGAGGGGUGACCUGGGUCAGGCGGCGUCCCGCUGGUCUUGUGGUCUCGUGCUGCAGAACCGACCUACGCCUGUGUGCAGAAACAAAAUUAGUUCAACGCUUGGGGAAAGAGCAGCGAUUCGCGGGAUUCGAGGGAAGUUCCCCGUGCUGUGCGGAAGUGGCAUUUCUGCAGGCGAGCGAGCACCAUCCAGUUCUCGUCCAAUGUAAAGCUGGCCCGGCGCCGCCUCCUCGUCAUAAUGCGGGCGCCUCGUCGCGCAACAAGUAACGAAGUUGUUGGCUCAUCCCGCUGGAGGUACUUUUUCCUCUGUUGUGGUGCCAUUUUACCCCUCAGAAGUGUAAAAGAGGAUGGUUCCGGCCAGUCGCAGGAAGUAUCCUGCAUAUGCCCAGACGCUGUGGCUGGCGUCUUUUUCUUGUAAAGGAUCGGACGGGAAUCGCAAUCUGUUGCCCCAAAUGUGCAACGGAUUCGAGGACGCGCAGUUGGGUGUAUACAUUGUCACAGAAUACGAUAGAUGAAGUACAAGAAGGAAGAAGGUCUGGCUGACUGGCUGAGGGGGAUAAAACGUUUCGUAGAAGGAAGUGAAUAAUACCUUGUUUCAGUCCUCUG